CCAAAAACAUCCCAUACUCUAAUAUAGCAAAUAGCAAUAAUAGUAUUCUCAAACAUAAUUUCUCUUUCCUUUCUUAGCUUGCAACUGUCAUCAACUGGACACUGUCCUAAAGAUGUCAACAACUUGUGUAGACAACAAGAACUUCAACUUAUCUAUAAGAAUGGAAGAAAUAGCAGCAACACAAAAAUUGAGUAAACCACCAAUACCACUUCUGUCUAAGACAAGUAUAGUGAAAGAGGGAUUAGUGUCAGUUCUUGGAUCAGAUUCUCAAAGAGGAAAAUCAAGUGCAGCCUCCAUUAGAAGAACAUUUUCUGCUGAUAUGUCAUCUAAGCAAUGGCUUGCACAAAAUGGUUUCUUUUCUCCCAUCAAAAAGAGUGCUUCAUCAAAAGAUCUUCUUGAUCAUUCCUCCUCCUCAGAGGAAGAAGAUGAUGAGAUCAAAGGGCAAAAAACAUCAUUGGAUGUUUGGAGCUCAAUUUUGUCCCAAAAGAAAGAUGAUGAUGACAUGUCCAAUCUUCAAACUCCAUAUAUUCACCCUCUUGUUAAAAGAUCAACUAGUUCUUUGAGUAUUAAAAGUCUUGAAAUUUGUACUGAAAACCUUGGAUCAGAGACUGGUUCUGAUGGCUUUUCCUCCUACUCUCCUUCUGAGAAUGGAGAUGUAGAAGAGGACAAAGACGAACAACAACAACAACAAUAUUGUCCGCAAUCCUUUGAGGAAUUGGGAGUUGUAAAGUAUAAUUAUAGUAAGAGAUCAUCAUCUUUUCCUAAAUCUUUUCCUCCCCCAAUCCCUUCCUUGGCUAGAGGUGACAACAAGCCUUCUCUCCAUAUGCAAUCUCGACGCCAAGCUGGUAGAUUGAUUCUUGAAGCUAUUUCUAUUCCUCCUCGAAAUCUUUUCCAUGCCCACCGCCAUGAUGGUCGCCUUCUUCUGAACUUCGUUGAUAAUAUUACUUCCACUUCAUCAUCAGAAUCAGAGAUGGAGGUUUAUGGUGAAGAAUUUGAUGAAGUGUUGGAUGAUAUUGAUGAUCAAACACAUCAAUUUGACUAUAAAAGUAAUGAUUGCCCAGAAGAAGAAGAAGAAGGAGAAGAAGAACAGAUAGAACAUGGAAACAUUAUGAUGGAGCCGAAGCUAAGAUUGUCAAGUGGGGUGAUAAAUAUGAAGACAUCAGCCCUGAUGAUGAAGCUGUUAGAUUCUCUGAUCGAAAUAAGGGGAAAAUCAAUUCAAUUCUCAAUGGGAAAAGAAUUUCGCGAAUUCUUUCCCGAAUUGGAUGAUCAUUUGGGGCUUGGAAACGAGAAUUUUGUAACAUGGCCUAACAAGUUUAAUGAAAUUGUCAACUUGACGGGUUCUGUGGGUUCAACUGGACUGACCGAGGAGAAAAGUCAGAUAACCUCAGUUCCUCAGUCACUCCCAACUCAACUAACAUCAGCGGCCACGACCUCUUUCAAUGCCUAUGAGUAUUUUUGGAGAAAGAAGCCUACAGUUACAAGCAUUGUCAACAGUCCCACAAUUGCAGAAGAAUGCAACAACUACACCACUAAGCAAGUUGUUCUUGAAGCCAAUAGUACUGCUCCCAGUGCCAAGAGUGCAACAAAAGUAGCAGCAUAUAAGCAGCAAGAAUUGGUGUUAAUGAAAGGGAGCAAAGCAAAUAUGAACUAUUUGGUACCUUUUCAUAGAGGGUGCAAAGAGCCAAGGAGGUCUUUACUAAUUUGGAAGCCUUACUACAUUGCCACCUCCUGAUGAUGAUCAUCAUAAAGAACAAUUCUUUAAUUUCCAGCUCAAAUUGGCAUUUUUCUUGAAGAGACUAAACGUACUAAACUCUGUAAAAGGAAAUAAGAUGUGAUCUUAUAUUUUUUUGAUAGUAUAUGUAAUUUCUUUAACCAUUUCGUGGGCUACAACUUUGCGAUUUUGUGCAGAUAUACCUCCGUUAAAAAUGUGGUGUAUAUAUAUCGUUGCCGUUACAAAAUGAUGCAAUUAUAUCCCUCCUCCUUUACACAACUAGUGCAAAUAUACCCUUUCCACUAACAGGAUUUAAGGAAAAAAAAUCAUUUAGCUUAUUUUUUAAUUAAAAAUAAAUGUCCUGUGGCUUAAAAAAAAAGGUCUACUCAUUUUUUUUUUAGUAGACAUAUUUUUCUAACGCCACAUGAUAAUUGUUUUUCUAGUGGAUCGGGUCUAGUUCGUUUAAAAAACAUAUCUAUGUGGCUUUUAAAAACAAAGUUUAUUUUGCUCCAUUUUGUAACGGCAGGGGUAUAUUUACACCACUUUUACAACUGAGAUAUAUUUGCUCUAAAUUGCAAAGUUGAGGGGU